AUGAUGAUGUUUGUGGUCAGUUUUGCAGCCUGGCUGUGCGUCGCUGCCGCACGGCCUUCAGCCGAUGACCAGGAGCAUCGUUUCACCGCAGAGAGCGAGUCAGAGGAAGUGCGCUCAGCUGCCAUCAAGAGACUUUUGGAGGUUUUUGGGAUGGAUGACCCCCCCGCUAACCACGGACACAAGCAGCCUCCUCAGUACAUGCUCGACCUGUACAACACGGUGGCGGAUGUGGAUGGCGUGACAAAGGACCCGUACCUCCUGGAGGGGAAUACUGUGCGCAGUUUCUUUGACAAAUUGCACAGCGAGCAGGUGGAGUUCCGGUUCAAUUUGUCAACAGUUGCAAGAACCGAGAAGAUCCUCACAGCAGAGCUCCACCUUUUCAAGCUGCGUCCUCAGCCGACGCACACGUUCAGCAGACAUCACUUCUGUCAGGUCAGCGUCUACCAGCUGCUGGACACCAUCAAAACCAACAGCACGCAGGAGAAGAGGCUGUUAUCUUCUCGACUCAUCCCAGUCCACUCCACCGGCUGGGAAGUGUUCACAAUCACACAAGCAGUCAGAUCGUGGAUGUUGGACGAGGGCAGUAACCUGGGGCUCCAGGUGGUGGUCCGGACGCUAGGAGGAAGCCCCAUGGAUCUCAAACUGAUCCGCUUCGCCUCGGGCCGCCACCACCACCAGAGCAAGCAGCCCAUGCUGGUUCUCUUCACCGACGACGGCCGCACCUCUGCCACCCUCGAGAGCGCAGAUCCCCAUGAGGCCACUGCCCCCUCCCUCCUCCCCCAGGCGCCCCUGUCGGCCCCCCCCUCCCGCACCGCCCGCUCGCUGGACUACGGCGAGGAGGACGGCGUGUCCAUGCCCUGUCAGCGCCUGCCGCUGUAUGUGGAUUUCGAGGAGAUCGGCUGGUCGGGCUGGAUCGUGUCUCCCAGGGGCUACAACGCGUAUCACUGCAAGGGCUCCUGCCCCUUCCCCCUGGGUCAGAACAUGAGGCCGACCAACCAUGCCACCGUCCAGUCCAUCAUCAAUGCCCUGAAGCUCAUCAAAGGCAUCGAAACCCCGUGCUGCGUGCCCGAUAAGCUCUUUUCCAUCAACCUGCUCUACUUUGAUGACGAUGAGAAUGUGGUGCUGAAACAGUAUAACGACAUGGUGGCUGGAAGUUGUGGCUGCCACUGA